GUCCGAAAGUGACUAAAUUGACCACAGCUUCAAAUUGUAGAAGGGGGAGCACGAGGCUGAGUUAGUCUCGUAUAACCCACACCCUACCUAACCCUAGCGGGGCUGAGUUAGUCUCUUAUAACCCACACCCUACCUAACCUUAACUUUUAUAACUAUUCUGCAAGCGGCCGUGCGUUGAUGCUGUCCCCUGGCGUGCGUAACGCAGAGGACCAUAUCGUAACCGAUUUUUAGUGAGGGGAAAGAAGGACACGGGGAAGCUCUGUUAACUCGUUAUAGUUUUUGGGAUACUUCUCGAUAAUAGUCAACUUACUUCGAUUUUUUUACACCUUGUUUUCACUGUCCUGCAAUAGACUGAGACGCAUAUGUUAAAAACACAGUUACGUUUUCUCUUCCAAAUCGACUCGCUUCUCGUGCCAGGACGGGUUAACCUUCUUCGUCAGGGAAGUCAAUGCACAGUUCAUCAGGAUUUUAAAUCUCCCUUCACACAGAAAAAUCAAACACGGACUUGUGUCGAGCGCGGAACUGGCCACAGUUGGGAAGCACAGCGUUCUGAUGCGGGGCGCAAACCCGCGGCACGCUUUACGUCUGUGUUGUUCGGCUGGAUAUAGCGAACUCGUUAGUUUUAUGUUGUUGUUCUUCAAAUAAUUGUUGUGCUUAAUUUGAGAGCGGUUUAGUGGGCGUUUGGUUAGCUUUACGCACUAGUUGUUGGGGCAUUUAUUAUGAAGUUAUAGGGAAUGUCAUAUUACUGCUUCCCCCUGCGGCGCCUUUAUAACGGAUUAUACAGAUCAUUUCGCUUUCAAGGUACAUUAAUGGAUUUUCAAGUGACAUUUAAGGGUUUCUGAUACUAGAAACGACGUCUAGAAUAACAGGCUUCGGCAGGCACAUUAAGUGUAAAUAUUUCUUCCUUUUUCCAUUUAGGGUAAAUAAUGUAAUUGUUUUUUUCAAUUUUCUUCUCACAUCUCGUUUAGUUCAUUUUUGUAAAUAACAAUUCAGAAGGCUGCUGCAUUAUUUGAUUUGAUGAAAGAUGAACUACUACAUUUUAAGUCUAAUCUUGACCUUGGAUGUAGCCACAGUGGCUGUCAGUUUAUCAACAUGUAGUACGCUGGAUAUGGACCAGUUUAUGAAGAAGCGGAUAGAGGCGAUCAGAGGGCAGAUUCUGAGCAAGCUGAAGCUCACGAGCCCCCCUGAGAACUUUCCCGAGCCCGAGGAGGUGUCUCGGGACAUCGUCGCCAUCUAUAACAGCACACGGGACCUGUUGCAAGAAAAAGCCAACGAACGGGCAGCGACGUGCGAGCGCCAGCGGAGCGAGGAGGAGUACUACGCGAAGGAGGUGCACAAAAUCGACAUGCAGCCCUUCUAUCCCUCUGAAAACGUCAUUUCUCCCACCAACUACAACCCCUACUUCAGACGUUUGUCGUUUGACGUGUCGUCGCUGGAGCAGAACGCGUCCAGCCUGGUGAAGGCAGAGCUCCGACUGUUCCGCCUGCAGAACUCCAAGGCCCGCGUGGCGGAGCAACGCAUCGAGUUGUACCAGAUCCUGGGGCACAAGGACCUGACGUCGCCCACGCAGCGCUACAUAGACAGCAGGGUCGUUCGUACGCGCACCCACGGGGAGUGGCUCUCAUUUGAUGUCACUGAGGCCGUCAGUGAUUGGCUGCUUCACAGAGACAAAAACAGCGGGUUCAAGAUCAGCCUGCACUGCCCCUGCUGCACCUUCGUCCCAUCCAACAACUACAUCAUCCCCAACAAGAGCGAAGAGCUGGAGGCCCGCUUUGCAGGUAUCGACGACAGCUCCCUCCACAGCGGGGACCUGAAGGUGUUUAAGAAGCGUCGUCAUAGCGCCCAGGCUCCCCACCUCCUGAUGAUGCUGCUGCCAUCCUACCGGCUGGAGUCUCAGCACAAGAGCCACCGGUCCAAGAGGGCGCUGGAUGCUGCCUUCUGCUCCAGAAACGUGCAGGAUAACUGCUGCCUGCGAUCUCUCUACAUCGACUUCAAGAAGGACCUGGGCUGGCGCUGGAUCCAUGAGCCUAAAGGCUACAACGCUAACUUCUGCGCAGGGGCUUGUCCCUAUCUCUGGAGCGCCGACACCCAGCACUCCAAGGUGCUGGGUCUGUACAACACAAUCAACCCAGAGGCGUCGGCCUCCCCGUGCUGUGUGUCUCAGGACCUGGAGCCCCUCACCAUCCUUUACUACGUGGGCAAGGUGCCCAAGAUCGAGCAGCUGUCCAACAUGAUUGUCAAGUCCUGCAAGUGUAGCUAGGACACAUACGCACCACACACGUAUGCAACACACACGCACCACACACAAACACAUACCCCACACUAAACACACACCAC